GAGUGAUCACCUGUGAAUCAGUUCUGCGGACAGUCAGUAAAUCAACCAAGAAGAUGAUUGUUUCCAUUUGUCUGCUGGUGUUUUUCUGCUGCGGCCUCAAUUUUGCUCAACCUGAAGAUGAGUUGAGUAUUUCUAAGACAGAGUUUGAUGCACUGAAAGAAAAACUGGAUUUUUUGGAAACUAAGCUGAGAGACACUGAAAUGAGGCAGAUCAACUGUGUCAGCCAGAUUGCUGAACUGAAGAAUGAAGCAGAAAAACUGCAAGCUAUUGAAACCAGACAGAAUGAGACUGAAACCAGACUACAGGACAGUGAAACCAGACUAAACAACAGUGAAAACCAGAUUAUGGAUCUGAGAAACAAAGAGAGAACCAAGGUAAUAUUCAGUGUAACAACAAGUGGCAGUGGAGCCGUUGGACCAUUUAACACAGAGACGACUUUGAUCUACAGAGCAGUGAUAACAAACAUCGGUGAUGCCUACAGUCCAUCUACAGGUAUCUUCACUGCACCGGUUGCAGGUUUUUAUUACUUUUCCAUCUUCUGUCAUGCUGGAGGACAUAACCGAGUACAACUGUUCCUGUACAAGAACAACCAGUAUAUUGUUGAAGUUUAUGAUCACGAAUCAGCCUCUGAUACAGCUGACAAUGGAGGAAACGCAGUGUUCGUGCAACUGCAGCAAGGUGACCAGGUGUACGUCCGCUUAGGUGCAAACACUCAUGUUUGGGGAGACGGCACCACAACAACUUUUAAUGGUUUUCUGGUCAGUCAAAUAUGAAAAUGGAUAAAUCAUUUGCUAUUUUAAUUUAAUACAGAAUCAAUACUUAGAUGCAGCAGUGUAACAUCAUGGUGACAGGCCCCAGUUGCGAUAGGUUGCGAGGGCUGGAUCUUGAGGACAUUGGGCAAUCAAUCUGUCAAUCACAAUGAAGCCACGCCCUAAUGCAUACCCUGCUUCAUCAUCAAAUAUAAAAUCAGGGAGGCCAACAUUUCAUGAAUUAACAUCAUACUGCAUUGGAGAAGGCUUUAAACUAGCGAUUGAGACCAUAAACACAUUUUGAAAACGUUUACUGAGGUUAGAAAUCAAGUGAGAAGUUGGUGAAUUCUCCAUUGACUUGUAUAGAGACAAAGUCCUUUUGACACUAAAACGGUCGCCCCCUGGUGGCCUUUUGAUAGAAUGCAGCUCUGUUACUUCCGCGUUGGCCUCAUUUCAGAGGACCAGAACUCCCCGCCUGGCUUGGACACAAACACGCGCAGCCACUCGAGAGAACUGCUAUUGUCACCAUAGGCUAACGUUACAGGUGACUGGCCACACACUCAUCCUGCAAACCAGCUUUUCAGCACCACAGACGGCAGCCGAAGCUCUAUAUCAACACUUGUCUAACAGCCUGUCUAACAUUUGUCUGCCUAUUAAUAUUUUACUAUACAGUCACAACAUUCAGUAAACUGAAAAAAAUCUGAAUUUUUGUUGGUAAAUUGCGCUUUUAAAACAGCUUCAACAUGAUAAUGAACUUGAAUAUUGUCAUUCUUGAACUUAGUAUAAAUAAAACAUUAUACAAUAAUAAACAAUUUGCUU